AUGGUACCGGCGUUUGACGAGCGUUGGGCAAAGCCGGGAAGUACCGUUGUUGCAAACGAUCGCGACGACGCUGAUGAAGCCUUCGCAAGAGCGAGCCCACAAUCCUGGAUGCAGGAAAAGCUUGGCAUGCUGCAGCUCCGCCUUGAGAUCGACGGCGAUCUCACCCGCUUUCAGCCCCCACAAGUGUUCGUCGUCAACAUCGAGGACGGCGCUGUUGGGUCCCUGUUGCUAACGACGACCGAGCUGUUUUACAGUCACCAGGCAAUCCUGAAAUCGGCGGGGUGUUUCCCCAACGAUUUAUCUAUGCCCUUGCCGUGCGAUGUCCUUCGCGGGAGCGAUUUUCGCAUCUCCGAGCGGUACCGUUGCGUCGCGGACUGCAAAGGUCAAGCACAGGGGGGUGUGGGCUUCAUUUUCGAGGGUUUGGACAUGCUCGACGGCAGCAAGGUUGCCGUCAAGUUUUUCCACAAAUCGGACGACCACGCCGCGACGACGCGGACGAACAUGGAGCUCAUCACGUGCCUGAGGCUGUACCAUGGCCUCUAUUCCCACUGCAUCGACCGGCGCGACAACGUAGACCUCUGCCACCUCGUGAGGCUCCACGACGUCCUCGUUGACGCGCCCAUCUUCGAAGAACGCAACCCCAACGAAGGCAGUGGCGGCGGUGGCGGCGGCGGCGGUCGGGUGGCAGCCGGUCUUUCGCCCUCGAUCUUUCGGGCAACGGUCAUCGUGUUCGAGUGGGCGGACGGCGGGGACGCCCACUCUCUGGUGCGAGAGGCCGGUGGCGGGAUACCCGCCGCCGACGGCGCGAGGCUGUUUCGGCAGGUCUUGCGGGGGCUGAGGGCUCUACACAGAAGAAAAAUCGUUCACAGGGACGUCAAGCCGGAGAAUAUCCUCCUCGACGACGCCGGCGGGUUUGCCCGCCUGUGCGACUUCGGCUUCGCCAAGCACGCGCCAUCGGUAACCCCGGCGGACCUCGCGGGCGACCCCACGACCUGCUACCAAGCCCCCGAGCGUUGGCAGGCCUGCGGCAGCCCCACGGCCGCCCGCGCGCGCGAGAAAAUGGCGGGAGAAACGGUGGUGGCCGGCGAUAACGGCGAAGAUGACGCCGGCGAAGACCAAGACGAAGGCGGCGGCCGCGGCGGCGGUGGCGGGAGGGACGACUGCGCAAGCGGCGUGCCUCAGAGAGACGAGACCACGGAGACCCUGUUCGCCAGCGACGUCUUCAGCGCGGGCGUCACGUUGUUCGUCCUCGUCUCGUACCACGCCAUUCUCGCCCGCCUGGCGACGGAGGCCCCGUGCAAGGACGUCGGAGAGGCGGACGCAUCGAGCCUUCCGGCCCUGAACGUCUUCCAGCACGCCGUGGGCGGCGACAUGUUCGGCCUGCUGCAGGGGGGCACCCGGAACGGCGGCGUGCAGGGGCGGUUGUGGGCGUACUGGGAGGUGUAUGGGCUAUCGCUACCACAGGCGCUGCGGGGUCUACUAGACGGUGUCUUGCACCCUGUUCCCGGCCGAAGGUUUUCGAUGGAACAGGCGUUCGAUUGGAUGGAUUCACACCCUGAAAUGUAUUAG